AGGGGGAGCCCGGGAGCUGCGGUGGGCCGGGCCGGGCCGAGCCGAGCCGAGCCGAGCCGGGCUGGGCUGGGCUGGGCUGGGCUGGGCUCUCCGCUCCCUCAGCGCCGCCACGGGGCGGCCUCGGCUCCGCCCGGCGGCGGCUGAGGCUGACAUGAGAGCGUGGCCGGCGGCACCAUGGCUUCUGCCGGCAGCGGGCCGCAGGACGAGCGGGCGGGCGGCGAGCCGGGCCGCUCCCUGCAGCACAUGCUGCGGGCGAUAGCGGAGGAGCGCAGCCGCGCCGGGCUCCGCCAGGAGAUCAGCGGCCUCGGGUGUUUCAAAGAUGACCGUAUUGUGUUCUGGACUUGGAUGUUUUCAACAUAUUUUAUGGAGAAAUGGGCCCCCCGGCAAGAUGAUAUGCUCUUCUAUGUCCGUCGAAAACUGGCCUAUGUCAGUGGGGAUAGUACAGAGGGGAAAAAGCAGGUUGAAGUUGAAGUUUACCGGAGAGAUUCUAAGAAGCUUCCUGGGCUGGGAGACCCUGACAUUGAUUGGGAAGAGAGCGUCUACUUGAACCUCAUUCUACAGAAGCUGGAUUAUGUGGUGACGUGUGCUGUGUGCACACGCUCCGAUGGAGGAGACAUUCACAUUCACAAAAAGAAAUCUCAGCAAGUGUUUGCAUCUCCUAGCAAACACCCAAUGGACAGCAAAGGAGAGGAGUCAAAGAUCAGCUAUCCCAACAUAUUUUUCAUGAUUGACAGUUUUGAAGAGGUUUUCAGUGACAUGACUGUAGGAGAAGGAGAAAUGGUCUGUGUGGAGCUGGUUGCCAGUGACAAAAGCAACACCUUCCAAGGAGUGAUUUUUCAGGGGUCCAUCCGCUAUGAAGCACUCAAGAAGGUCUAUGACAACAGGGUGAGUGUUGCAGCAAAGAUGGCUCAAAAAAUGUCUUUUGGCUUCUAUAAAUAUAACAACAUGGAGUUUGUCCGAAUGAAAGGGCCACAAGGGAAAGGACAUGCGGAAAUGGCAGUGAGUAGAGUUUCUACUGGUGACACUUCACCAUAUGGUACAGAAGAGGACUCAAAUCCAGAUUCCCCAGUGCAUGAGAGAGUCACUUCUUUCAGCACACCACCAACACCAGAACGCAACAAUCGCCCAUCCUUUUUCUCCCCAUCCCUCAAGAGAAAAGUGCCCCGAAAUCGAAUUGCUGAGAUGAAAAAAUCCCAUUCAGCAAAUGACAGUGAGGAGUUCUUCAGAGAUGAUGAUGGUGGAGAUCUACACAGUGCAACAAAUCUGAGGUCACGGUCCUUAUCUGGAACAGGACGGUCUCUGGUGGGCUCGUGGCUGAAGCUGAACAGAACAGAUGAAAAUUUUCUACUCUAUGCACACUUAACUUACAUCACUUUGCCAUUGCAUCGAAUUUUAACAGAUAUCCUGGAAGUGCGUCAGAAACCAAUUCUGAUGAUAUAGCAGAGUGGGCACAGCCUUGGAGCCUUGUUGCCAAGUGCCUAACCACAGUGGUUUUCUGUGCUAACACUACCAUCUAGUGUCAGGAACAUAAACCUCCACUGGAAAAAGGGAAGUCAAAGAAUACCAGCCGAUCAAAAGUGCCUCUUUCUUCCUUCCUCUGCUGUCAUACGCCGUAUGCACAUUUGCAGUACAUCACUUGAGUGUUUCCGAUUGGAAGUGGACUUUCAGCAAGAUAAAACAAGAAGGGGCUGCGUUUAAAAGGAGUCAAUGCUUUAUGAACAGUUUAUUACUGUGUUUACUUUAUAACUAAGAAACCAACAAUAUGGACAGAAUGUGUUAAACUUUAUAUUCUUUGAGAGAAACAAUUUGAGAAUUUCAUAAUGAUGUGCUAAUGAACGUUGUUCCAUAGACUCUCGCCCAUACUCUCCUUGUUGGAUUGACUUAAUUUGUGUGAGUGCGUCUGUGCGUGUUGGGAUUGAAGGGAUGAGAAAAUUUCCUGCUGAAGGAGGAAAAGGAAAAUGAUACCAUAAAGAUAUAUUGCCAUUUGGAUAUGUGCAGUCGGAUAGGUCCGAGCUUAAAAAGAGGCUUAAGAUGUUCCCAUUUGUUCAUGUGUCAGUGUUAGGACAGGAGAACUCUGCUGACAAAUUUCUGUAUCUACCAAAGAACAGCAACAUUUUCAUCCUCAAGACCUGGCAAAGAAACUGAGCCAGUGAAAAGAAGGCUAAAAUGUGCUGCUAUACUAAAGCUGAGGUUAAUAUCCACUACUAAUGCUGCUUAUCUCUGUUAGUUGAUUCAGUUUUAGUUUGAGGCUGAAAUGGAAAAAUAGGAGGCCACAAAUGGACUCCAAAAACUGAAAACCUUACCAAUAACCAACACGCUCCUGCACACACUGGACCAAAGUAGGUAAAGUUGUCCUUACUGAUAGUGUUCAAGGCCAAGGAGGGCAUAAGAGCUGAUUAAUGUCUUGGCAGCUUUCCCAGAUUCAUCUUUUCCUGUUGUUUUGCUGUACUGUUACAUGCUGAAGCACAACAAGUUUUCUUUUGAGACAAAUGUUUUAAAUGUAAUUCUGCUCUGAAAAGUGACUAAAAAUAGCAUUAGUGGGAGGUUUUAAAUUUGUGUUUUGGGAGGUCUCAGGAAAAAAAAGCCUUAUGUUUACAGGUAAAAUGCCGCUUUCUCAAAACAGAAAAAGUUUGCACUCCUUGACACGUGAAAUCUAAAUGAUAAAAUACUGAGACUACUGCAGUUUGAUUCACUGCUUCGAUGUGAGAGCUAGUCAUACUUCACAUUAUUUACAGCCACCUAACAGGCAUAGCAAAGGGUGGGGUAGCUUGUCACUUAUGGCAAGUGACACUGAUACACGCACAAAGAAAUCUAUGAAGAGUAAAGGUGUCUUUUUUUGUCACUAUUCAGAGUCUGAGCACCUAAACUCUCUAAUGCUGGUGCCACACUUACAUGUGCUCUGAGCCUGGACCUUUGUCUCCCUCACACCCAGGCCUUCCUAAAGUACUUUGUUACUUUCUCAGUAGCCUCUGAUGACUUAACCUCUCAAAUAGGACUCUGCCUUUUUUCCUCAGGUCAUGUUCCAUGGGAGUAGCUCCACUUCAGUGUUAAAGGUAGACUAACUUUAUCAUUCAGCCCUACAUGAUGAAUCCAGUAUAGUAAGGAGGUCUUUUUUGUUUGUUUGUUUUUGAGGCUAGCCCUGGAAGUAGUCACCAUAGUCCAGAGUGACGGCAUUUCUAAUACUGGCAGCAUGACUGCAUAACAGGGACAGCUGACCAGUAGUUAGUUUAUUUCAUAUGUUUUGCAACAGCAUUACAAAAAAGUUCACAUGGUCAUUGCCAGCACAGCCACUUCUCAUGUUGCAGACUUUGAGUCUCGUUCCAUGGGAGUGUGUGCUUGUGUGUGUGUGAGGGUGUUCACGCUGUCUAACCUGAGGCAUGCAACUCAGGUGCCUAGGUUUCCUACCUAAUCCCAGGGAGAGAGACUGACUCCUAAAUGAGCAGCUGAAAAGCUCUCUCUAGGAACUUCAAAGGCAGUCCAGGUGCUUACCUGAGGUCCCUGGGUAGUGUGCCUAGUGCCAGACAGCACAAAGAUUCUCCUUCCCAAUGUCCAUGGCAACAGUUAAACCACUCUUCAACUAGAACACCAGUCCUACUCUGAAGCCUCUGAAGAUGUUUUAUUUUUUCUAUGUUUUCAUAUUGGGGUGGGCAAAGCAGUGCUGUUUUCCUUCAAAUAUUCAUCAGGGAUGGAAGGGAGAGAGAUCUAAUAUUUGUCGUACUAGUGGCAAUUGAUACCUUUUAGUCAAACAGAGAAAUAGCAGACAUGGAAACGAAGCAGAUCCAGAUCGGAACCUGAGUCAUGGGUGCCUGAGUACUGCCUAGUUGACAGUAAUUUUUAAUGCUUUUCUGACAUUGGUAUAUUAAAUUUAGGUAGCUUAAUUUCAUGCAUUCUGAAAGACUGGAACAGAUCUUACAUAAGAUUUCAGAGGAAAUGACAAAUGAAGAAAGAUUCUAAAGUAGUACAGUAGUAGAAAGGCAAUGUUACAGAAAAGACAGCACAGAUCCCUUGUCUAUUAUAUGAGAAAUAUUGUCUGCUUUGUUAUAUGUACACAGAUGAGUUCUGAUGUCUGGUUUUUGAAGGGAUGAAUAUAAAAUUCCUAUAAAAAAAAAGCUAAUUGGUUUAUUUUAUCCUGCUAGCAGGUAUGCUAUAUCUGUAUUGAAGACAACUUUUUUAGUAGAAAAGGGCUACAGGUAUGCCCAAAUGGACAUCCAUAGAAAAUGGAGAUGAAAAAGUCUACUGAAUGUCAAUAGUGCUUUUUAGAAACAAGUUAGAUGUACAAGAUUCUCAACUAUUUCCUCUCUAAACAACUGAUGUGCAGUUCCUAUGUGUCGCACAUGUUUUCUUAGCUUGUUAUCAGGUAGGAGGGAAAAAAUGCAUAUUUUGUUUUGCUUUUAAACCCUUAUAAUUUAUUGUCCUCAUACAGACAGAUUAACAGAGAAGGUGAUCCAAGUUUUGCCUGGGUCAAGGAUGCACGGCUGGUUCCUUAACUUGCAAUUGCACUAUACUAAAAAAAGAAAAGGGAAUGUUAGAUAGAAACCUCUCACACUUUUAAUUUGGAGGGGGUUUUAAUUCUGUAGCUCCAAAGCAGUAAACCAUUAGAUUUGAGCCUCUGUUGACCAUUUACGUUGCUGAGGAAUGAACUGGAGUGCAGGAAAGUGCAGCUGUCCACAUCCUGGCUGUUGGAGUGCAGUGGUUUUCAUUUCAUUUCAUAUUGAUGUUGAUACUUGACAUCAGCUCUGUAUGAGAAAGCAGCACAGUUAACAGAUUCGGGAAGCUUUGCAGAACCUUUUUAUUUAUUUACAGAAUCCCACCAUACCUCAUUCCGAGUUAACUUCUUCCCUCGCUCUACCCAUUUGCUCCCUCUGGAGACCUGGGGAUUAUCACUUCAACUCUUCACCGAUGAUAUAUGUUGACAGAUGUCAAAUGCAAGACUGUAAAUUUUUUCACCCUACGCAGGUUUUUCUUUGUUAUCAAUUUAGCAAGUAGAAAGCCUUCGGUUUUUAAAGAAAGCUCUUAAAUCACUUAUUUUGUAUUAGCGUAUUAUUGCUUUGCCUUAGAGACCACAGCAUAUGUGAAAUCAUGUUCUUAUUGCCAGCCAGUGCAGGACGGGUUCCAAGUCUUCUUUUAAAAGAAGCCUUUUUAAAAAAUGUAACAAAUCUUUCAGCUGUCUUGGCUAAUGCAGGCAGCUGAAAAUCCCAGUUUGUGUGGGUUCAUGUUCCUUCUCUUUUUGUUCUCCCAGUCCUCAUUGUUUAUAAGGCUUGAGCAUGUUAGGGAUGUGGAUCACUUGGUUUUGCAUUUCUCAUCACAGUCGGUGUGGUUGGUUUCCUAAAAAGAGAGUUGUUUGCAAGGAUGAGUUUUCACAGUAAAAUGGUUUGCGCAAAGUAUGUUAUCUUACCAUGUUUUAAUUUAAAUAGUCAGGUCCUUGGCUCUGCAAACACACUUUUCUGGCAGAUCCUCAUGCACAGAAUCCCAUUCUAGUCACAGAGGUCGGACAUGGAGACCACAUAAAUAGUCUGCACUUUAAGAUUGUUGAACUGCUGCUUGCCAAUCAUGUGUUUGUUUUUUUUUUUUCACUUUCCAGAUGAUUACUUGUCCUGUAUUUUGCAGUCUAAAGAUUCCCCGUAUUAAAGGUAGAUAUAAGACACAGUCUUCAAAAGUGCCUAGGUCCUGUUGUUAAUCCAAUGGGGUUUAAGAACGUUUUUUUUUUUUUUUAAUUUAGGAAGUUAGUACUCUUAAAUUCUGUGUGGUGAGUAGCAGUGUCAAGAAAUCACAAGUUAUAGUUCUUGGAAGAACUGGCCAUCUCCUACAGACUCACACUUCAUGUUAGGUUCUCAUGGUCCCAAAGAUUAUGACUGAAAGCUCUAGAAAUUGGAUUUCUUCUGGUCACAGCAGUCAGUUAUCUGCCAAUGCCUUAUCUUGUUUUUUGAGGUGUGACUGAAAGUGUGUGGUGUUGGUAUAUAGAAAUUCUGUGUCAAAAAUUGGUGCAGCAGAAUCCAGUAAAAGGCAUUGUUAAAUAAGUAGCUUUUACAUCAAACCUUAAAUGAAACAGUAUUUUACACCAGAAUGUAGCUGUUUGGACCUUUGAUAGAAAUAAUACAAGACUGCAAGCAGGUUACAAUGUUGAAUGUGUAAAUAUAUAAAUACUUUCAACCUAAUUUCAUCAAACUAACACUUGUUGCAUGGUUUGUUUUUUUGCCUCAUUGAUGAUUAGUGUUGAUAAAACGAUGAUGGGUUGGAAAUGAUGCUGACACUGUACUGAGCCCUUUGAACAAAGAGCAAGGAGAACCUUUGUGCACCAAAAAUGGAGUUGAUUUUGCAUAUGGCAGCAGUGAAGAAAGCGUUGGACCCUGCAGCCAAUAAACAGACCUCUUAAACGACCAUGAAUUUUGUUAGCAGUUUUUACUCUCUACUGUGCCUGGUGGGAUUUGAGUUUGAAUGUAUUCUUUACUGGUGGCAAGCACGAACAGUGGAAUAACACUCUGUGGUACUCAUAAUAAGCAUUGCCAAAUAGACACUCAUGAGAAAAAGUAGUCUGUUUACUCUUUUCUUUUUUUUUUUUCCGCUUGGGCAAAACUUAACUUUCUGACUGCUUGCUGAAUCUUUCAAUGAACAGCCUCGGGCAACUUCACAUUGUAUAUAUAAUAGGGGAAGAAGGUAAAAGUCAGUGUACUUCUGAAUUUGUUUUAAAAGGCUUUUUGAUGUUCCCAUUAGGUGCUGGCAUUAAAAAAAAAAAA